AUGUCUGAGUUCUUUGAAGGUUCAGGUACCAUUCCGACCAACUUCACUCCAGUGGCUUACAACAUUGCUAUGAAUGGGACCUUGAUGGUUUUCCAUGGUUUGCAGCUAGUGCAACGGUUGAAGUUGUUGAUCAUUCUGAUGUACACAGGUGUGGUCAUUAUUGGGAUGGUAGGCAACUGCCUUCUGGUUCACGUCAUCCUGCGUGUGAAGAAGAUGCACAACGUCACCAACUUCCUCAUUGGGAACUUGGCCCUUUCGGAUGUGGCCAUGUGCACAACCUGCGUCCCCCUGACUCUCGCCUACAUUUUCGAGCCACGCGGCUGGAUAUUUGGCAGCACAAUGUGCUACUUUGUCUACUUCAUGCAGCCGGUCACAGUCUAUAUCUCCAUCUUCACCUUGGCCACCAUCUCCGUGGACCGGUACAUAGUCAUCAUGCACCCCCUGCGACGCCGGAUCUCUCUGCAGCUCAGUGCGUACAUGGUCCUCUUCAUCUGGAUUCUCUCUUGCUGCUUGGCGUUACCAGCCAUGGCCCACACCUAUUAUGUGGAGCUGCAUCAACAGGGUGUCAUCCUGUGCGAGGAAUUCUGGGGGGAGCAAGAGCGCCAGCGACAAGCCUAUGCAUUGUGCCUGCUGCUGAUCACUUACCUCUUCCCCUUGCUAGCCAUUCUGAUCUCUUACUUCAAGAUCUUUCUCAAGCUGAAGAACAGGGUUGUGCCAGGGUGUGUUACUCAGACUCAGGCAGACUGGGACAGAGCCAGGCGGAAGAGGACAUUCUGCCUGCUGGUCAUGGUAGUAGUGGUGUUUGGGGUGUGCUGGCUUCCUCUCCACACUUUCAAUCUCAUCCGGGACAUUAACAUAAAUGCAAUUGAUCCUUAUUAUUUCAGCCUGGUCCAGCUGGUUUGCCACUGGUUUGCCAUGAGUUCAGCAUGCUACAACCCCUUCAUAUAUGCCUGGCUCCAUGAUAGCUUUAGAGAAGAGCUUAAGAAAUUAGUGGUCUGGCAUAGAAAAGUAGCUCCUUCUGGGCAAAGUGUGACUGUAAGUGUUGUGAUCUGA